CGCGGGAAAAUAUCCCCAGUUCCUCUCACUAGCUGUGAUUUCUUCCCCUUCUCUGUCGCCAGUCUCUUCCGAUCUCCACAAAACCUAAUUCACGAGAUGAACGGCACCGAUGGCCGGAGGCGGGAUCGUAAAGACGCGUGGCUAUCAAAGAAGCAGAAGCUGAUUCUAACUGGUGAAGAACAGUUAGAGUCCAAGCUCGGUUUUAACCUCUUUACAGAGGGCGAAAAGCGACUCGGAUGGCUACUCACAUUCGCAUCUUCGUCUUGGGAAGAUCAAGACACCCACAAAGUUCAUAGCUGUAUUGAUCUCUACUUUGUUUGCCAGGAUGGUAGUUCUUUUAAAUCGAAGUAUCGAUUCCGACCAUAUUUCUACGUGGCCACGAAGGAGAAAAUGGAAAUGGACGUUGAAGCAUAUUUGAGAAGACGAUAUGAAAGUCAAGUUGCGGACAUAGAAAUAGUAGAGAAGGAGGAUCUCAAUCUUAAAAACCAUCUUUCUGGAUUAUGCAAAUCAUACUUAAAGAUAUCAUUUGAUACGGUUCAACAACUAAUGCAUGUAAAGAACGACCUGAUGCAUGUCGUUGAAAGAAACCAGACAAAAUUUGAUGCUGUUGAGGCAUAUGAAUCCAUAUUGACAGGAAAAAGCAGCAAACACCGACCUCUAGAUUUCGUAGACUGUAUUAUUGAUCUUCGCGAAUAUGAUGUUCCAUACCAUGUUCGCUUUGCUAUUGACAAAGAUGUAAGAAGUGGGCAAUGGUAUGAUGUCAGUGUUUCUGAUACUGGCAUUAUCUUGGAAAGGAGGACGGAUCUCUUGCAACGUGCUGAAGUGCAUGUUUGUGCAUUUGACAUAGAGACAACAAAGCUUCCUUUGAAAUUCCCUGAUGCUGAGUAUGAUAUGGUCAUGAUGAUUUCUUAUAUGGUUGAUAGGCAAGGUUAUCUAAUUAUCAACAGGGAGUGUGUAGGCGAAGAUGUAGAGGACUUGGAGUACAGUCCAAAGCCUGAAUUCGAAAGCUUUUUCAAAGUCUCAAAUGUAAAAAACGAGGAAGAGCUUCUUAAACUCUGGUUUCUACAUAUGCGUGAUAUGAAGCCUGGUAUUUAUGUUACAUACAAUGGUGACUUCUUUGACUGGCCAUUUCUGGAACGCAGAGCAGCUCAUCAUGGGCUUAAAAUGAGUGAUGAGCUGGGGUUUACGUGCGAUAAGAUCCAAGGUGAAUGCCGAGCUAAAUUUGCUUGUCAUUUAGAUUGUUUUGCAUGGGUCAAGCGUGAUAGUUAUCUUCCUCAAGGGAGUCAGGGCUUGAAGGCAGUCACAAAAGCCAAGUUAGGUUAUGAUCCCGUGGAAGUAAAUCCGGAAGAUAUGGUCCAGUUUGCAAAAGAGAGACCCCAGAUGAUGGCUUCAUAUUCUGUUUCUGAUGCAGUUUCAACUUAUUAUUUGUACAUGACCUAUGUACAUCCUUUCAUUUUCUCCCUGGCAACUAUAAUACCUAUGCCACCAGAUGAGGUUCUGCGGAAGGGAAGUGGAACCCUUUGUGAAAUGCUUCUUAUGGUCCAGGCAUACCAGGCAAAUGUUAUUUGUCCUAAUAAAUACAUGUCUAAUCCUGAGAAGUUCUGCAAUAAUCGACUAUUGGAGAGUGAGACAUAUAUUGGUGGACAUGUAGAAUGCCUAGAAAGUGGUGUUUUUAGAUCUGAUAUACCAACUAGCUUUAAACUUGACCCAUCUGCCUAUGAUCAACUAAUUAAUAACCUUGAUCGGGACUUGCAAUAUGCUAUUAAAGUAGAGGGUAAAAUGGACGUGGAGAUUGUCUCAAAUUAUAAUGAAGUAAAAUCAGCAAUCAUGGAAAAGCUUAUAAAGUUACGUGAUGAUCCUAUUUGUGAAGAGUGCCCCUUAAUUUAUCAUUUAGAUGUUGCUGCAAUGUAUCCAAACAUCAUAUUGACUAACAGGCUCCAGCCACCAUCCAUAGUUUCAGAUGAAGUCUGCACUGCAUGUGAUUUCAACCGCCCUGGCAAAACUUGUCUGCGGAAACUUGAAUGGGUCUGGCGGGGUGAGAUAUAUAUGGCAAAGAAAAGUGACUACUAUCAUUUGAAGAGACAAAUUGAGUCAGAAUUUGUGGAUGGUGGACCUGGUCAUUUAUCCAGAUCUUUCUCUGAUCUGCCUAAACCUGAGCAGCAAUUAAAAUUGAAAGAUCGACUAAAAAAAUAUUGCCAAAAGGCAUACAAACGAGUCCUUGACAAGCCAGUUACUGAAGUUCGAGAAGCUGGGAUAUGUAUGCGGGAGAAUCCUUUUUAUGUUGACACCGUGCGCAGUUUCCGAGAUAGAAGAUAUGAGUAUAAAGGACUUAAUAAGGUCUGGAAAGGUAAACUUUCUGAAGCAAAGGCUAGUGGAAACCCUAUAAAGAUUCAAGAAGCACAGGAUUUGGUAAUUCUGUACGAUUCCUUACAGCUGGCGCAUAAAUGUAUUCUGAAUUCAUUCUAUGGUUAUGUCAUGCGAAAGGGUGCUAGAUGGUACUCCAUGGAAAUGGCUGGAGUUGUUACAUAUACCGGGGCAAAGAUCAUUCAAAAUGCUCGCUUGCUUGUGGAGAAGAUUGGAAGACCACUUGAAUUAGAUACUGAUGGUAUUUGGUGUGCUUUACCAGGAUCAUUCCCAGAGAAUUUUACAUUUAAGACAAAGGACUCAAAUAAGAAGCUGACAAUUUCAUACCCUUGUGUUAUGCUUAAUGUUGAUGUAGCAAGAAACAACACAAAUGAUCAGUACCAAACACUCAAAGAUCCUGUCAAUAAAUCCUAUGCUACACACAGUGAAUGCUCUAUUGAGUUUGAAGUUGAUGGGCCCUAUAAGGCAAUGAUCAUUCCAGCUUCUAAAGCAGAAGGAAUUUUAAUUAAGAAGCGCUAUGCUGUUUUUAAUGACGACGGUACAUUGGCAGAGCUGAAAGGUUUUGAGAUCAAGCGCAGAGGUGAGCUGAAGCUCAUCAAGGUUUUCCAGGCAGAGCUUUUUAACAGAUUCCUUCAUGGUUCAACGCUGGAGGAAUGUUAUCAUGAAGUUGCAUCUGUUGCAAACCGUUGGCUUGAUCUUCUUGAUAAUGAAGGAAUGGAUAUUGCAGACAACGAGUUGCUUGAUUAUAUAUCAGAAUCAAGCACAAUGAGCAGGUCUUUGGCAGACUAUGGUGAACAGAAGUCAUGUGCAGUCACCACUGCAAAACGUCUUGCUGACUUUCUUGGUGAUGCAAUGGUGAAAGACAAAGGGCUCCGUUGCCAGUAUAUUGUUGCAUGUGAACCAAAGGGAACACCAGUAAGCGAACGUGCUAUUCCAGUUGCUAUAUUUGAAACCAAUCCAGAAAUUAUAAAAUUUUAUCUACGGAAGUGGUGCAAGGUAGCAUCAGAUGUAGGCAUUCGAUCCAUAGUCGAUUGGUCUUAUUACAAACAAAGACUUGGAUCUGCAAUCCAGAAAAUCAUCACCAUUCCUGCUGCAAUGCAGAAGGUUCCAAAUCCUGUACCUAGGGUGGCUCAUCCUGAUUGGUUACACAAAAAGGUCCGUGAGAAGGAGGAUAAAUUUCGUCAAAAGAAAUUGUCUGAUCUCUUUAAAUUCUCAAAGGAGGACGCAACAAAAGUGAAUGAUGUUUCUGCCUCGACCAAUCUGCUACCAAAGGAACACAAUAUUGAAGAUGUGGAAGACUUCAGGAAUGGUGAUAGAACUUCAUUUAAUGGACCUAGACCUAUUGUCCACAGUUAUAAUGCCAAUAAAAGGCCCAAUCAUGUUGAAGGAAGAUCUCCACAAAAACAUAAUGAUAUUGAUCAACCUUUAGCUCCAUUAAAUGAAAAUGAUGCUGUAUAUGAUAGUGACAAAAAUCUAGAUUACCAGGGGUGGCUAAAAAGUAGGAAGAGGAAGUGGAAAGAGACUCGGGAAAGAAGAAAACGUCAAAGGUUAGAGAAUUCUAAUAUGGCGUCUUCCAGUAAUGAGACUUUCAACUUACCUGGUUCUACCGUCCAUAAAAGACCUGCUCAGGCUAGAACAGGAUUAAAUUCCUAUUUUGAGAGGCAGGAACUAUCCCUCACCCGUUCUCACUGGCAGGUAAUUCAGCUUGUUCCCAGUGGACAACCUAGUCAUUUCUUUGCUUGGGUGGUUGUAGAAGGAAUCAUGCAUAAGAUUCCUAUUGAGGUCCCUAGAGUAUUUUACGUUAAUUCCAAGGUUCCAAUUACAGACGGCUUUCCUGGAAGGUGUGUAAACAAAGUUCUUCCUCAUGGACACAAGAAUUAUAAUCUUAUUGAGGUCACAAUUGAUGAAGACCAAUUCAGGACAGAGAGCAAAAAGUUUGAAGCUCAUAUUGCAGAUCCAAAAGUUGAGGGAAUAUAUGAAACAAAUUUGUCUAUGGAUUUUAAUACUAUCCUUCAAGUUGGCUGUGUGUGCAAAGUGGACAAAGCAGCCAAGAGGAGAAAUCCACAAGAUGGAUGGAGAUUGAGCGAAUUGCACAUGAAGACAACAACAGAGUGUUCUUAUCUUGAACAAUCAAUUUCUUUCUUCUACAUGUAUCACAGCAUAUCUGAGGGACGUGCUAUAUUCAUUGGAUAUUUCCCUGCAUCAAGGACAACAUCUGUUGUAGUAGUUAAUCCAUAUCAAAACAGAGAAUUAUCUCCACAUAUUAUUGAAAAACAAUUCCGCGAAGCCUGCCUGGCCCUGUCAAUUGAACCUCCUAGUUCUCUUGUUUUUAAGGUAGACUAUGUUGUCAACAUAAAUGAUGCUGAAAAGGCUCUGCAAAGGAUCAUCAGUGAAUACAGAGAGCAGCAUCCUGGACCCGCAGUAGUUGUUAUUGAAUGUCCAAACAUAGAUUUAUUGAAGUCAGGUGUACGAUCCUUGGAGAAUUUUCCAUGCGUGAACAUUCCUUCUAAUGCUCGUGAUAGUAAUUAUCAGGCUCUUGGUUGGCAAAUUGUGGCGGCAAGAAUCGGAAUGCAACGAUGUGCUGCAUCAUCUCAGUGGUUGAAUGAGAGGAUCUCUCUUUCCAGAUAUGCCCAUGUGCCAUUAGGCAAUUUUGAGGUAGAUUGGAUUAUUCAUACAGCAGAUAUAUUCUAUUCAAGAGCAUUGCGAGAUCAGCAACAGAUACUUUGGAUAUCAGACGAUGGGAUUCCAGAUGUGGGAGGUAUUAGUGAAGAAGAGACGUGUUUUGCCGAUGAGGUCGAACAGCCUGUUCUUACUUAUCCCGGAGCAUAUAGAAAAGUGACUGUGGAGAUAAAGAUUCAUCACCUGGCUGUUAAUGCUCUUCUAAAAAGCAGCAAUGUUAAUGAAAUAGAAGGGGGUUCUUUAUUUGGUGUGGAACAGGAUUUUAAUCCUGGUUCCUCCUAUGAGCAAAAGAGCUUUGAUGAAGCCACUUCAUGUGCACCUGCAUUUCGUGUUCUCAAGCAAUUAAUUCAAAGAUGCCUCACAGAUGCUCUCACAUCAGGAAAUAUUUUUGCUGAUGCUAUUUUACAACACUUGUAUAGAUGGCUUUGCAGUCCACAUUCAAAACUUCAUGAUCCAAAUCUUCACCGCAUGCUUCACAAGAUCAUGCAGAAAGUGUUUGCUUUAUUAUUGGUCGAGUUCAGAAAGUUGGGUGCUACAAUCAUAUUUGCCAACUUCACAAAGAUCAUCAUCGACACUGGAAAGUCAGAUCUAUCUGGAGCUAAAGCUUAUUGUGAAAGCUUACUCAAAACACUGAAAACGAGGGAGUUAUUUGAAUGGAUUGAACUUGACCCGAUGCAGUAUUGGCAUUCACUUCUUUUCAUGGAUCAGUACAAUUAUGGUGGAAUCCAAGCUGGAAAAGCCCUUACUGAUAUACAACAGGAAGAAAACAUGUUGAACGAUUCUCAGGUUGAUAUUGUUUCUAGUUGGAAUAUUGCAGAAACCUUGCCCAAAACAAUUCAAGAUUAUUUCAUUUUGAUCGUCUCGGAAUUCAUGUAUAUUCCAUGGAAAUAUGUACAAGAACAAGCUGCAAUUAGAGUAUCGCUUGCAGAUGGAAGUCUAUGCACUCCAUCAAUCACAGGUGCUGCAGCCGAAGCUUUUGAGUUCCAAAUGACUGAAUAUACUAGGGAACAGAUAAGUUCUUACUUCACAGACAAGCUAUUGAGGAUUGUACGUGAUACAGGUCUUAACAUGAAGGGAUCAAAAAAGCCUAUGGCUGAUGAACAUUCAUCUUCAGAAAAUCCCAAUAAAGGAGAUCCUGCACUGGAGUUCAUUAAGCAUGUUUGUGCAGUGUUAGCCCUUGACCAAAAUGUUCAGCAUGAUAUUCUGGUAAUGAGGAAGAAUCUGUUGAAAUAUGUACGUGUAAGAGAGUUUGCUCCAGAGGCUCAGUUUCAAGACCAGUUUCUAUCCUUCACAUUACCAAAUGUCAUUUGUAGCUACUGUAACGACUGCAGAGACAUAGACUUGUGUCGGGAUAGAUCUUUGCUAGUGCAGGAAUGGAGGUGUGCAAUAGAUCAAUGUGGACAGCUAUAUGACCGCGAAGUGAUGGAGAAUUCUCUUCUUCAGAUAGUACGACAGAGAGAGCGGUUGUAUCAUCUACAGGACCUGGUCUGCCUUAAAUGCAACCAAAUCAAAGCAGCACACCUUGCUGAGCAUUGUUCAUGUGCCGGCUCAUACUCAUGCAAAGAAGACUUAACCGAGUUCAAGAACAAAAUGCAGGUUUUCUUAAAGGUUGCCAAUCAUCAAAAAUUUCAACUACUUAAAGAGUGUGUCACAUGGAUUUUAGAAAGUUAAGUGAGUUGCGAACUAUGAAUAUGAGAAUCACAAUGCCAGAUGCCAGGCUCGCCCGCUGUUAUAAUCCUGCCCGCUGUUAUAAUUUAUAUGCAAUGGCAAGGGUAUCGGGGGGAUCUGCUCCAAGGAUAUUAUGGAAUUCAUGAUAAUGUAUAAUAAUAAUUGUCAUUUUUAAAAUAGGAAUUGCUUGUCUGUGAAUGUUAUUUUUAGCAAUUAGUAAUUAUUUUCAAAAUUAGGGAGUUUUUGUUUUGUUUUGUUUCAGUUACAGGAUAAGAAUCAAAAUGUUAACUCAAUUGAAUAUUGAAUAGCAAGCUUUUGUUUUGUUU